UGUAAACAAAGUUGCAUUGAACGACAUGCGGUGGUUUUCGUUUCUUUAAUUUAUUAAAAAUAAAUUUUCUCAGUUUUGUAUAUUAUGUCCGGAUACUUAGAAGUGAAAUAUCCCUUGAAAUCGAACCUUGGCUUAAAUCCUUUCAAGUCGUGGAAAAGACAAUGGUGUAUUCUGAGACCAAGCCCUACGUGUACGGGAGGUGGGUCGCUCGCGGUGUACUGCAGCGAGGCAGGCGCUCCGGCGGGAACGGUGGAGCUACCCUCGGGCUGCGUGGUCCGGAGGGCAAAGUCCCGCACGAGGCCAUAUGCUUUUGCAGUGUUUUCUGACGUUGAACCGCGCAAACCUCGGAUACUGCUUGCCGCACAGACUUUAAAUGAUGCUCACAUGUGGAUGGAAAAAAUAAAAAAUGUAUUAAAUGGCAGCACAUUGCUUGGCACUGAGACAUUGCUCAAAGAUUCCUACUCAGUAACAGUAGUGACUACCGGGCUAUCCCGCAAAUGUGGAAUGCAUGGUGACAGUGUACUGACACUGUCCUCGAAUGGUGUCCUGGUCUCUCGAUCUCAGAAACUCAGCACAGUUUUAGAAUGGAAACAUAUCAGUGAUGUUGUGCUGAUCAGUGAAAGCUCUGAAAAGAACAAAACUUGUGUUCUUACUGUGGAUAGCAGUUGUCCUAGUGGUAGCGGCGAGUUAAAAUUUUCGGGUCCCCUUGCAAGUGAACUUGCUGCAGCUUUGAAACAAGCCAUUGGUAUCAACGCGUGCUCCACGAAAAAGCUGAGCAAAAGCGAGGGCGACCUACGGACGGCACCAAAUAGUGAAGAUGAGUUACGCCGCACUAGCUGGUACAGCGGCCCCUCUGAAGUAUCCUUGGACGAUAUUGAUUUAGUCAUGUCAAAGGAGGCGAAGUGUAUACCAAGCGGUCAGUUGUCUAGAUGCAACGCGGCCGGACAUCUCGCGCCCGACAGACCUGUGUCUGAUGACAGUAUGUCGGACCGCCGCUCGCUAGUGUCGAUCGCGUCCGGUAUUUACGAGGAGAUCCCCGACCUACCCGCCUCGGAACUGUACUGCCCCAUGAGCAGAGAUGUGCCCGACGGGUUCCUGCCGUCAGCUCGCCCCCUGCCGGUACUGGAGGAGCCCACAUACGAAUCGGUAGUGGAAAGUGUGUAUGCCACUGUGCGACGCACUCGGCCGCCUCCGCUACCUCCGCGACACGCGUGCGGAUCGAAGCUGGAUUCGGCAUUGAAUUGUCGGUGCGGGGCCAGCGCGGUGACUCGGCACGGGUCCCUGGGCUCACUGCCUCGCUGCUGCGCGCCCAAACCUGACAAGCCGCGCGCCUUCAGCGUCUUCAGAAAAAGACUGAAGAGCGACUCCCGCAUCGCCAGCUCGCCCAAAUCCGACUCUUCCAAAGACAACAAAGACGUCGAGACCAAAAAGAAAAAGUUCGACUUCACUCCCACUCGGGACAUAUUCAAGAGUUUCAAAGUGUCCAAAAAGAUGCGAGGCCUCAAAAUAGGGAAAGGCGAGGCGAAAAGCUGCGAGUUUUUGGACGAAACGACGGCCCACGUCACCACCACUCGCUGUAGCAAAUCCGUCGAAUGUUUGGACGACGAGUUUGAAGACUACGAUGCGGAUUUGUCGAUUGAAUUCAAUGAUGACGCCGUAACGACGCUAGCUUUGCCCCAAGAGAUCAUGGAUUUGAUACUUCGCGGUCGGGAUCAAUUCAAGAUUCGCCUCAAAGACACUCCGGAGAAUGAUUACCUACCAAUGUCUCCUAUAGUCCCCAUUCCACCUAUAGAACACCAGUACAUGGUGAUGUCCCCUAGAACUAAUAUCGCCUAGUCAACGUUACCAGCCGCUUAAGUUAAUCGUGGACUACUAAACUGCCGCCGACGAGAACUUUUCUUGUCUUCACUAGUUUGACGUUUCAUUUUUCUUGGUCUACCCGCUCAAUAGUCGUCGGCGGAGGGAUAGGAUUAAGGCCUUAAGGUAAACCCUAAUCAACAACAUCAAGCUAUGCUGCAUUGUCUUGCGAUCUAUUUAGUCAACCCGCUCGUCUUAGAUUAUAUUGAGGAAUCAAAUAAUUCGUGCUUCGCUGCGCUUUGAGUGAUGGUUUUGUUUCCAAUAGUGUUUCUGUUCCAACACAACGCAACAUCGCUCAAUAAAAUUGUGUGUCGCUUGGUCACUCUUAUACUGUUGUGCCGCAAAUAUCACAUUAAACCGAUUAGUUUAAAUCUAAAGAAAAGUUUACUUACUAGAAAAAACUCCAUGCUGACCAGGCAGCGGACGGGACUCGAACCCGCACCCUUCGCAAUCCGGGCGAAUGCACUAACCAAUUAUGCUACCGCGGCCCUGAUGGCCGCGUCGAAAUUCUUCUUGCCAUUCUUAAGCUGCAAGGCAGCGCCAUCUCUUCGCAUUGUAGGUAACCCACCCAGGUAGGUUUUUUCUAGUAAACUUUUCUUUAGAUUUAAACAUCUAGCAGUUAAAUGCUUAAAAAUAAAUAAAAACAAACCGAUUAGUAUUUAAGUGAAAUUCGUAAAUCGGGCGGUUUAGUAUAAUUAAAUAUUUAGAUAAUUAAAAGGAAAACAAGUGUAAGCUUCAAUUGUAUUUAUUUUCCUAUUGCGUCCUGUAGCCCAAUUUUUAUUUUAAGGGUGAGAACUCACGGAGCGGAUUCCCGCGCCCGCCACAGAGCUGUUCUAAUUCAAAUCGUAUUUUUGUGCGGUCUCGCGGUCUCUCGUUUGUAAACUAAGGGGCCGUCCAUUAAUCUCGUGAUGUUUUUAUGGCAUUUUUAACCCCUCCCUCCCCCUUGGUAAUACAUGGUGAGGUUUAAGACAACCCCAUCCCUCUACCCCUAUAUCACGUGUAUUUAUUACUACCUACAAUAAAUCUUAUUUUUUUAAUAUUUAUGAAAUACAGGUGUAUAAGUGUCAUCUAAUUUUAUUCUAAAAAAAUUAAGAUUAACUAAUUAAAGACGACAGAAAGGUUGCAGGUGGUUUUUGACUGACAUAAAAAUAAUAAAAGAAAUGCGAAAAACUUUUUUGUAUAUAUACAUGAACAUUAUUUAAUGUACAGGUUCCCCGGACCACGGAAAUACAUGUGAUAUAUUACUACAGUCCCCCUCCCCCCUUGUGAUAUUUCGCGAUUUUUUUAUGGACCCCUCCCCCCCUUUCGAGCCUCACGUGUUUAAUGAACAGCCCCUUAACACGUUCAUUGCCAAUCACGCGACGUCGCGUGAAGUGUCCGAAGAUUUUUGUUUAAACAGUAUUGCGUGAGCCACCAGCAGAAAGCUCCAAUUUUAGUUUUGACAAUUAGCGUUAACAAGAAAAGAUCGGACGCACCCCGCUGCGUCGUUUGUGAUUGCGACCCGCUCGUGCCACAAACAAUCGCGCAACGCGUGCCUCAUUAAUUUUGAAAUUGUGUUCAACGUACAAUUUCACAUUUCACGCGAUUUGCCUUCCCGCAGCCACGGCGGGCGCUGGUAAAAAUCGCGCCGUGAGUUGUUAACCUUUAGGCAUUUCUGGAAUUCUUCAUAAGGAAUUCUAUUGACUAAUAUUGUGCUUACUUUAUUACAGUCGCACACAAAGACGUCAUUUAAUUUUAAUGGUUCGUUAAGUCGUGUGGUAUCGCAAACAAAGUAACAAUAAAUGCAUCUUUAAAGUAAAUAGCCGUCUUUGAGUGAGGUUGUUAGUGAAUUGUAUUAUUAUGGGAAAUGACCAAUGAGGCAUUCGUUAUUAUUAGAUAAGAUUGGUGAUUGUAAAUGUCAUAAGGACUUUUUAAAAUGAAAUAAUGCUUUAAUAACUCUAAUUUUAUAAAAUAAUGCUGUCUAGGUGUCCAGUAUAUUGUAUGUAAGAUAAGAAUGUAUGUAAAUGUUGGAAUUAGGAAAGUUCACUGCCAAAUAUGAAAGCCUUAGAGAUUGGACACUCGAUUUGUGUUCAGUUUCUGAUGGCUGUAGGUUAUAAUUAUUAAAUGGAAGAGUAAAUAUCAUCAUAAACUAAAGACUGAGAAGAGAAGACUUUUUGGUAAAAAGACUGUUUAUGUAGACGUGGUAAUAGCAUAGAGGUAUAAGAAUAGAAUGGGGAAGGCGGCUCUAAAAGUGUCCGUCUCGUAGAAAGAGGAAGAAGAUGAGAGACGGCUAGCUAUCUCUCUCUCUUGUAACGCAUGGCAUCAAAUGGCAUCACAUCGAAAUAUGUAGAUACUUGCCAAUGCGCAUGCGCGAUUAGAGAGAGAAAGCUAGCAGUCUCUCAUCUUCUCUCUCUUUCUAUUAGAGGGACACUUCCACUUGUAUUAGAGUCUAUAUCUCGCCUACUCUAUUCUUAUACAUGUAUGGGUAAUUGUCUUCGGUACAUCCAUAACGACUGUUCCCGAUUACCUAUCCAUGUCGAGAGGUAAACUUACCAGAGUUAAUUUGUAAUUAAUAUUAAAUUAUUUAAAACUCGAUAUGUACCUAUAUUGUUUACUGAGGAUAGGAUAUCGGAAAUAGUGGUAUGUCGAUAAUGGAAUCGAAUCUUAACUAAAGAAUAGUAAGUCUAAACCCUGAGGAAAGAAAGUAUAUGAAAGACUUAAAAUUAAUUAAGUAAAUAACGAAUUAAAUAGGCUAUGAUAGGAAAUAACUAGUUGGAGAAAGUUGAAGAUUGAAUGUGGUCGGGAUAACUGCUCUCCCAAGCAUAACCACAACAGUGAUAGUGAAAAUAUACAACAGUUCCAUACAAUUAUGGUAUCGUAUUACCAUCAGUCAAUCAAAAAUUGCUUGCAAUAUGAACAGUUUUCGCACAUAAUGUGGUCCGCUUGUGAAACAGUGAUUUACGAUAAGUAAAUUCCUUAAUUUAUUUAAACUUUAUUGCCACAAUUACAAAAAUGGACUAAAGGCGGACUUAAUGCUAAAACCAUUCUCUGCCAGUCAACCUUUAGGCAUAAAGAAAUCCACGAAUGCGGCUAUAAUAAAAAAAGUGAUUUACUAUAAACAUACACCAAUAAAAGGAACUACAUUUUUUUUAAAUAAAUAUUUAUAUACAUAUAUAUUUUAUAUAAUUAUUUAUCUAUGAAGAUGACUAGUUAUGUGUGCGAGACUUUUACAGUGUUUGCCUGAGCAUUGUUUAGCAUAUAUAUAGGUAGUGGAACCUUCUUGAGCAAAACCACAGAGAAACUUGCGCAGAAGACGUUUUUGUAUGUAAUAUUGCUACUGCGCAGGCUUCCUUGUCUACAAUAGACAAGAAUGUUGCUCAAGAUGUUUGCGGGAAUGUAAAAUGUAUGUAAGAUAAGAUACUGUGAGUAAUCGGCAGCUAAUAUUUCGUAUACGGCUUAAUUUGCGCUAAAUUAUUGUGAUAUAUAAGUAGUAACUUGUUAAUACAUUUAAAAGCUUCAUAGCUUUCGUUGAUUUUGAUGAUUUCUAUUGAGCGUUUCGAACUAAAUAUUUGUAGAAACUAUAGCGAGAAUUGAGUAUUCAAAGUAACAAGUUUAAAGUCAUAUUGCCAGUAAUGAAUUAGCUUAUCGUUUAAGAGAAAUGUGAUUUCCAUAAGCAUGUUAUGGUAAGAAUAAUCAGUAGUUUCCUUCUGUAAGAACAUUCAUCUCUCAUUUCAUCUUGAAAUCUGCGUUGUGAUUUGAAAUAUAAAAACGAAUUUCAUAUAUCUAUAUUUCAAAUCGCGCCGGUUUAAUCCGCGGUGAAAGUGAGCUUGUUCUUAUAGAAUUGCACUGCAGUACCCCAUAAUUAUUUUGGUUUGGUUUUCAUAAAAUAAAAUACGAUGGUAUUCAAUUGAUUUUCGUUUGUACCUAUUAGAAAUUGAUUAGAGCAGUGAAUGUUGAAAUGUCUGCGAGCUUUCGAUCUAGUGUUUAAAGAAUGUAUACCUAUUUAAAUCAUCUUUUUGCACAUGUGCUUAAAAAAUGUUAUGACGCAAUGCAAAGCUAAUCUAAUUGAAAUACAACUUCACGUUGUACGAAGUGUAUGUUCUGACUAGCUUACAUGUUCUAAUAGCUAUUGCAAGCUGAUUAAAAAUAAUUCAGCACUUAAUCUUCUAUAGAUGUAUACAAAUAAAGUUGUUAUUUUAAUGCUAGCACUUCAAUAUGGCUAUUUGUAUUAGCUAUCUGAAAAUUUUACAGCAUGUUGUCCUUAUCAUACUCUAACGGGAGCGAAAAGGAAAUAUUGUUAUCAAGUUUAUAUCUAUCGGCACUUUAAAAUGGCUAUUCUUAAAUUUGACAACAGUGUAUAUGUAUCCCCCUUAAUAAUAAACGAAGACUACGCGUGGAUUAGUUACACCAUGUUUUGUCUAUUGAAUGACAAAUGACAUUUGAGUGACAUGAACAAAACACGGCGUAACUAGUCUAAGCUUAUUCCUUGUUUAUUAAUAAGGGGGUAUAUGUUUAAGAGCCGAUGCGAGCUUAAAGACAUUUGAGAAAUAGGUAUUUGAAGCAACUAUUGCUGUCGCGCAAUGACUAAUACCGUGCGAUAGGGACAACAGUAGCUAACGCUGAAAAUUGCGUAUAAAUAUUGCUAAAUUAUAAGUUUGGCUCUCGACGAUUUUCUCCUCGGAAGUAAGAUACUAUGUAAAAGUAUUUUUACCUAUAGGAUAAUAAGUUGUUAUGCUAGGCCUCUAUGUUUUGCUUUUUUGUAAAUGUUUAUUGAAUCUCCACACUAGACGUCUUCAGUGGUGAUAAAAAUUUGUUCUUUUUUUGGCAUUUUUGAAACACAAGUUAUCGAUAAAAGGAAGACAGGAGCAUAGAAUGUGUAAAAUUUUAUUUUAUGUAUGAAAAUCAUUUAUUUAGUGAUAAAAAUCAAAGAGGAAUCAGUCGAGAACGUUUGUAUGGAAAAAACACUGCCCGCCUCCUGUGGAAUGAAAUGGACGGGCCACUGUUUAAUUUUUAAUACAUAUAUGAAAUACGAAUAGGCAUGUUGAAAUGCUAGCAUAGUACGCAGUGAUUGUUGCGUGAAUAGUUUUCACUUAUCUAGCUUAGUAAUAAGAUUUUGGUUUACUGUGUUUAUUUCUGUGACCAAUUUAUUUAACCGUAGCGUAGUUACUUAAUAUUCCUAUAGUUUAAUGCUGUGUUUUGAUUAACAUCUAAAUGAUCUCUGAUUUAUUAUUAUUUUUUCUUUACCUAUUUAUUUUAUAAAGGAUUGUUUCUGCAGUGUUGUCUAUUCAUUAUGUUACUUGGUCACCUUUAUAUAACUUUUUGACAUAUAAUGGCUCAUCCGCAAUAGGAUACUUACUUCUAUAUACUUUGAUGUCUUGACAGAUUGUUCUUAUCAGCUGAAAUAGUAAUUAAUAAGCAUAUACAUCGACAUAGAGAUGUUCUAUUUUAAUUGAUGUCUUCAAAUAUCCUCUUGAUCGUUUCACUACGAAUGUGUUCCUAUUUUGUUGCAGGUGAGCCAUGGCGAGUUUUAAGUUGUAUUUAUCUCGCAAAUGAAGAAACUAAACCAAAAUGGCGCCGCCGGAUAUUUUGUCCUUUUCGCACUUGCCUGUCAGGAAUAAUGUGCAAGAGGGACAGAAAGUCUUGCGUCGUCAGUUUAGAUUAGUUUCUGAAUUGGCCCGAGUUAUAUAAACAAUAAUUGUGUAUAGUCCGAGUUGACAUUCUGUGGAAUACAUUUUAUUCGAUGAUCGAGAUGUCUUAAAAUAUAUCGUUAAUUUAUUAUAAAAAAAAACUGAUUCGAUAUUUUAAGACUACUGAAUGUGAGAGGUUAUUAUGUAGCUUGAGCUUCACACUACUGUCUCUUUAAUCCUAACUACAUGGGUACAGUGAAGUGAAAAAAAAAUCUAUACCCUUCUGACAAUUCUCAAUGCAUUGAGAAAACCGUAUGCAUAAUUAUUUUUCUUGCGAUUGUCUAUGUAGUUUGUUCAAUUAAUUUAACAUUAAAAUUUAAAUCAGUUUUGUUGUUUUGAGUACACGAGACUUAAUACCGACAUGGUAUUCACAUUGUGUAUUUGUUAACACAGAAACAGAUACAUGGAAAGGUACAGCAGGAGUGUGACGGCUCAAAUAAUGUUUGAAAGAUCUGAUUUUUUUGUUCAUCACUUUUUUUGGGUUAGAUUAUUUAUGGCUGUAAAGUAUCAAUAAAGUUUGUAAGUAUAAAUACCAUGUUUCAUUCUAGAACCAGCUUUAGUACGUAAUAAAAACACAGUUUAAAUUACAAUAACAUUUAUUAAACCAAAAUCAUAACAUCGCACAAAAACAAAAAUAUCACAAUAAUAAACGUUUAGUGUCAAUAAUAUCCAAAUAAUUUGAUUACUCGUAAUAUGCUCGCACUUGACUUGGCUAUACGUAUUUGCUAUUUUGUAAAUUUGACAACAGUUUGUCCCUGUCAGACAGACAGACUGAUGUCAAGUUUAAAAAUAGUAAUCCCGUAUAGCUAAGUGAAGUGUCUGCAUUAUAAAUAUAUUUUAAGAAAGUCAUCAUUUUAUAUUUAUAAAAGUUCAAAAUUUAAUUUGUGCACUUUUAUAUCCUCAGCCCCC